CUUAUGAUAUCGUGUUUAAAGUAUAAAAAUUUGUUUUUAUGAAUAUGAGUGAUUAUAAAAGAGAUCUAGUUAUUAUAGAAUUAUUAGAAACUGAAAGAUCGUAUGUCCGUCAUCUAAGAGAAUUAAUUGAUGAUUAUUUAGCAUAUUGGAAGAAUAGAAAUUUUUUGACUAAGUAUCAAUGUAAUCAGUUAUUUGGUAACAUAUCAGAAAUUUAUGAAUUCUCAAAAUUAUUUUUAAAAGAAUUAGAAUCCUGUGAAAAUAAUGGAACACAAGUAGCUCGAUGCUUCUUAAACAAUCAUGUGAAAUUUAUCAUAUAUUCAACUUACUGUGUUAAUUUCCACAGAUCAGAUUCAUUUUUAUCGGAACUAAUGCGAAAUCAUAACACUUCUACUAUGAUACAACAAAGACAAAAGGAAUUGGGUCAUCGAUUACCACUUGGCGCAUACCUUGUUUUUCCUAUUCAAAGGAUGUUGAGAUAUCACCUUUUAUUAGAAAAAUUAGUAAUGUAUACGGCAAAAAAAUCACCCGAUUAUGUGUUAGUAUGUAGAGCUCAUUAUAAAAUGACUCUUCUAGCCAAAAUUAUCGACGAAACUAGACAUAAAUUUGAAAAAGGAGAUCGUAUUAAAAAGAUGCAACAACUGAUGAAACAAUGGAAGGAAAGAACAAAUGUCGAAAUACCGAACAAUUGUUUCGAACUACACGCUGAAGGCGAUUUGACAGAUGCAGGAACGAAAAAAAAACUUCGUGUGAUUUUAUUAAACAAUGUGUUAUUGAUUGCCAAAGAACAAAAGUGUAGUGUGUUGGAAUACAAAGCUCAUAUUUCGAGUAACAAUAUGAUACUUUUUGAAAAUCUUAAAGAAGAUCCUUUAAGUUUUGGCGUUUUUUCUAAAGAUGAACCUAAGUAUUUUUAUAAGUUAAAAGCAAAUACGAUGAAAGACAAAACAUUUUGGAUUAAAACAAUGAACGAAAUGAAAAUGGACACAACAAAGUUUAAAAAAAUCACAGGACUAGCUGAAUUAAUAGCUGAGCGGUUUUAUUUACCAAAAGAUAUACUUUAAAUUUAUUUAUUUUUUUAAUCUUAACAGAUUUUUAAAUAUUAUUUUGACUUAAUGGUAUGAAUACAACCAUUGAUAAUUAAUCAGACAUUUUAACAAAUUAUAAAUGUUUUGUUUUACCUCUUCAAUAUAAA